GGUUUGUUGGUGGUCAGUCAGUUUUAGAGGUUAUGACUUAUGAUGACAUAAGAAAUAAAUUGAAAUGCUUGUCUGGUUGUUUUGUUAAACUAUUUAUUGUAAUUUGUGGCAAAUAAUCAUGUCGAGGGAAGGAAGAGGAAUCGUUGUGUCUAUUCUGAAGAACUUUUGGGACUCUCUGAAGCCGAGACAAUUCAGAGGAACACUAGUUGGUGAGGACCAUUACGGCACCAAGUACUACGAAAUCACUGGCGAAGGCAGGCAACGAAAAGAGAGGUACUUUGUGCCUUUGACCAAAGAAGAGUUCGACCAAGAGAUACCCAGCGAAUGGGAGUCGUGGCUGAGAGGUCGCAGGGUGACUCCGCCCACAAAAGAAGAAAUCCUCAAGAACUACCAGCUGAUGGUGUCGAAAAAAGAAAAUGCCACCGAGCUCGAUCUGAAGCACAAAGGAGCGGCAAAGAUCGAACAGGAGAAGCAAGCUACUGGUUUUCAUUCGUUUCCUGUCUAUGAAGAAUACAAAGACGACCCUCUUAAUAAGAAGUAGAUCACAUAUUUAAAUGAAACCAGCUUUAAAUACGUGUAAAUAAUUCCUUUCUGUACGGUACUAUUAUUAUGUAGCUUAGUUUGAACGUGUUGAGUAUCUCAUAAUGCGGAAUGUGAUUUUAUUCUUAUCUAUUAAGAAAAUAUAUUGUUAUUUUAAAAAUA